AUGGAGGGUCCAAAGGAGGUAGAAGUGAAGUGGAAGGAGUGUUCUCGAUCUUCUCGAGAGGUCCUAGAGAUGAUUGCCGAGUAUGAGCAGGCAACCUUUGACCUUGCGAAGCCAGAGGAGUCUGACUGGGUUCAAAUGAUUCUGAAGGACGCGACGUGUGGAGACCUGGAGACAAGCGUGUGCGCAUUUGGGAGGUUUGUAAACAUCUUCUCAAAGCUGGUGCAUGAGCAGGGAAAGGCUAAGGCUGCGGAAACUGCCUCGUAUAUCCUGCAAAGAGGAUUUGCUAAAGAGCUGCAUGCGGGCCUGAAGGACGCAAGAUCGUCUGGAGCAUGGUUUCUCCUUCCAAAAUCGGACCGCACAGGCGUCAAAUUCUUGCUCAGCAGAGUAGAGGCCUACGCAUCAGUACUUGGACUUUUGACGGUGGAUGAGAGAACCGCCAGCUUCUUCUUGAAGGAAAUGGAAGCCCUGUUGGUGCUGCUGGAAGGCCUCUUUUACCAAGCGGCCCAUCCAUCGCUGGCAAAGCUGACGCAAUCCAUUGGUGUGGACCAAGAUCCCGCAACAGAUGCACGCAGAGCAAUCAUCAGAGCAAUCUCUGCAUUGAUUGAGUGGUCAAAGAGAGCGCAGAGGUUCAUGAUCAAAAGGAGGUCAUUGUAUCUGGACAUGAUAAGAGAGAUCGCGAAGAUGCACCAAAGCGGUAAUCCCAGCGAAACGGACUAUCUUACGGUUGAGAUUAACCUCCCUGCGGAGCUCUGUCCCGACUCAGAAACCUUAACAGAAGAGCAGGGUAUAGAGCUCUGCGAGAUGCUUGCGGAGCAUAACCCCACAAUCAAGAGCAGAGUGGAAAGGAUCGCCGCUGCUGCAAAAAGUCCCAUCUGCAAAAACACUCCCCUCUCGAAGCGAAAGUGUUCCAGUCCGGCCUGCGACAAGAUCGAGCCAGAAUCGGAGAGGUUUAAGACUGUCAAAAAGUUGCUUGGAAAGCUGGUCACAAAGGAAUGUGCCCAAGGAGGGACCGGCGGCCUGCAAAGAAAGGGUAAAGCCCCGGGCGUCAAAGCCCGCCACUAA